GAAACUGUUCUUCUUUUGACCUAUAAUUCCUAUAAAUAGAAGAAUCAGUGGCUUCUCGGCGUAUUUUUCCGGUUCCCUUAGCUCCAAAAUGACAGCGGCUUAUACCUCUCUACUGCGGCGGCGCCACCUCUUUGUUGCGUUGCUGCUGCUAUCAUGCUCGGGGAGCGCACUCUCUGCUCGGAGGUGCGCCGACUGCGGCUCUUCUCCGGUGCCGUACCCACUCAGCACCGGCCCCGACUGCGGCGAUCCCUCGUACAAGGUUCGAUGCAAUAAUGGUGGCCUAGUGUUUGAUACGCUCAAUAAUACGUAUCCGAUAACCUCCAUUACCCCGGAAUCUCAGCGGCUGACGAUCGCGCCGUCGUCCUUUGUUCCCGGCGCCUGCGUCACCGACGAUAUCUCCACCGGCGGCGUCCUGCUUAACUCAUCGUUGCCGUUCAACAUCACCAGCAGCAACACCAUUCUGUACCUUAACUGUACGGUAGAUCUGCUGAACUCGCCCCUCAACUGCACCGCCUCCAGCCUCUGCCAUACCUAUAUAACUAGCAGCCUGGGCGGCGGCGCGUGCUCCAACGCGCCGAUUUGCUGCACUUUCCGAGCCGGCGGGUCGUCGACGUCGGACAAGAUGCGGGUCCGGAGUUCGGGUUGCAGCGCGUACCGGAGCUUUGUAAACCUGGAUGAUUCUUUGCCGGUGAGCCGGUGGCCGCAACCGGCAAUGGAAUUGCAGUGGGUGUCGCCGCCGGAGCCUCUGUGUCGCUCCCAAUCUGAUUGUGAUUCCGAUUCGACUUGCGGAACGGACGGGAAUUCGGGUGGCGGCGUCAGCAGAUGUUUCUGUAACUCAGGGUUACACUGGGACCCCAUUGUUGGAUCUUGUGUUCGCAAUGUAUGCCAGGAUGGUUGUGGAAGUGAUAAAACUGCCCUUAUAGCAGGAUUAACAUCAGGUUUGGGGGUGGCACUGGUAGCUGCAGUGAUAGGAUUCUUGGUGUACAAGCGAUAUCAGCGCAUCAGGGAGGCGCGAGAGCGGCUAGCUAGCGAGCGUGAGGCCAUACUCAAUGCGGGUGGUGUCAAGACUGCAAAGCUUUUUAGCGGGACGGAGAUCAAGAGGGCGACGAAUAACUUUUCUCGAGACAGGCUGCUUGGUGUGGGUGGAUAUGGUGAAGUGUACAAAGGAGUUCUUGAUGAUGGAAGAGUGGUUGCUGUGAAAUGUGCCAAACUGGGCAACACUAAGGGCACUGACCAAGUUUUGAAUGAGGUGAGAAUAUUGUGUCAAGUGAACCACAAGAGCCUCGUGCGCCUUCUCGGCUGUUGUGUCGAGCUCGAGCAGCCAUUGAUGGUGUACGAGUACAUCCCGAAUGGAACUCUACUCGACCAUCUAAAGGGCGAUGAUAAGCGCAAGCAUCUAGCAUGGAGCCACCGGCUCAACAUUGCACAGGCGACCGCAGAGGGGCUGGCUUACCUCCAUUUCUCCGCGGUUCCUCCAAUCUACCAUCGCGAUGUCAAGUCCAGCAACAUUUUGUUGGACGAGAAGUUAAACGCUAAGGUCUCGGAUUUCGGUCUCUCGCGUCUCGCUCACACGGACAUGAGCCACAUAUCGACUUGCGCCCAGGGCACCUUAGGGUAUCUUGAUCCCGAGUACUACAGGAACUAUCAGCUCACCGACAAGAGUGAUGUCUACAGCUUCGGGGUCGUGCUGCUAGAGCUCCUGACGUCCCAGAAAGCAAUAGACUUUAACAGAGACCAAGACGACGUAAACUUGGCAGUUUACGUGCAAAGGCUGGUCGAGGAGGAAAGAAUAAUGGACGCUGUAGAUCCCGUGUUGAAGGAAGGCGCAAGCAACUUGGAGCUGGAGACUAUGAAGGCACUAGGGUUCCUGGCAACCGGGUGCUUGGAGGAGCGCCGACAAAACAGGCCUUCCAUGAAAGAAGUGGUCGAGGAAAUCGAGUAUAUAAUUAGUAUAGCAAUGGCAAAGGAUGAGAAGUAAGCAGCAAUGCAGAAAUUAAAGUAUUUAGGAUUGUGUGUUUGUAUGUGUGUUUUGCUUUGUUUCCCAACCCGACAUACUAUUUCCUAGUUGAUCAGAUGUUACUGUCUUUUUUAGUACUACUGACUCUGUUA